AUGUCGGAUUUCCGUCAGAGCGAUUCUCUCACUCCACGUCCUAGAAAACCACAAAUACAGAGGCGAAGAUCAAAGGGGGCCAUUCUACAAAAAGAUACUCUCAAUCAACAGGGAUUCCCCACUUCUCAAGUUCCAAAACGAACCAUACUAAGCCCCGGAGAAAAAUCACAAAAGAUUCCUGUUAAAAACAUGCCCGAAACACAGGAUGUUCUCAAACGACCUACUGCACAGUCUCAAGAGACAUUCUCCAUUGUAGUCCUCUCCGAGCACACACAAAACAGGCCUUUGAUCAAGUUACCAAUCCCAAAAAUUACUCAACCAUUGAUGGAUGACUCUCUGGGACGGAGCUCCAGCAGCACCGAUGUGGAAGAUUCGGACGAUUCAGAUGUCAAAGAUGUUGAUGAAUUAAUUCUUGACCUUGCACGCGGGUUGGAUGACAAUGAAAUAAUCCGACCUCGCUUAUCUCAGGCACCAAAAAACUCAAAAAGACCUACGAACAUUAAACUGCCAGAUACUGCAUUCGCUUAUCCAGCAACCGAGCUCUUUUCACCUGGGGCACACUUUCUCAAAUCUGCAGCUGUAGAUCAGCGUGUGGGCCACGGAAAGCAACCAAAUCCCUUAUCAGAACAAGAUCAAGAUGUUCCAAUCACCAAUGUACGCCUUACGGGAAAUACCAUUAUCUCCGAUCCCCUUCUUUCACCCAUGGUUGACCUAAACAAUGAUACCAACAAAGCAAAAUACAAUUGGAGUACCACAAAUCGUGCAAAGAACGAUAAAACCCCACUCGCUACUAGUGCAGAUGUCUCUCCUUUAGAGAAGGAGGCAAGGCCUCGUAGAUCGACUAUAGACGGUGCUCUGCCUACACUACCAAAGACGUACGAGCCAUUCUCGCUUCGUCCACCUCCCCAGAUUCUCAAAUCUCGGCGAGCAUCUAGAAAUGGACCGCCGGUGGCUGAAAAAACUAAUUUUAAUACCACUCGCCGCGAAAGAGCAGGCAGCCGCUCGCAAGGCACAAAUACCGACCCAAAGAAUAACAGCAGCAGUGCUGUAAGUCCUAGAUUCAUGGCUCUACGUAAACUCAGUGAGGCAGGGAUGCUGCCUUGUCUUAGUAGCCUUGCUAAAGGAGUGCACACUUCAGAAAAUUACGAAAUUUUUCAGAACCAGUUACUUCAACGGAUUGACGAAGCAAUCGAAACCCAAGUUCAGUCCAAUAUUCGUCAGAUUCUUUGGAAGGCUUCUGAAAGUCAUAUGGAUGCUCGCCGGUUCUGGGAGGACCAAAAAAAUGAGAUGUUUGAAUUUGGUGCUUCACUUGUAAAGCGACUAGAGGCACACACCAAUGCCAUAAAGUCCGGUCGAAGAUCAUCAAAGACGGAAAAUGGAGAUUCCACAUCAAGUCAAGAGCUCGAGAUUCUGAGAAAACAACAGAUUGAUCUAGAAAACGAAGUGAAUAUAUACCGGAUGAAGCAAAUUGGAUUACAGCGCCAAAUCUUUGAGAUGGACUUGGUAAAGGAGCGCAAUUCCGAACUCGAGAAACAAUAUGAUUGGAUUCGCGAGCGUAAUGCCGAAUUGGAGAGUCAUCAUGCUGACACUAGAAUACACCUGAAUCGCAUUAGUGUACUAGAAGCUCAGAUUGUUAGCCUCAAUCAGGCACGCACGACCUUGAUUCAGAUUGAUGGGGACAAGAGUAAACUAGAUGAAAUUGUUUCGCGAAAUCUUGUGCUGGAGGCUAAGGCAGCGGAACAUGUAGAAUCAAACAAGGUUCUAACGAAUCGGAUCGCUGAACUCGAAGCAGAAGCGUCCAAGAAUCAGACCGAGCUCAAUCGAUUGAGCUCACGUAACCAACAACUGGAGACUGAACUCGAGUGUCAUCAAAAGGAGCUUGAAGCCAUACAGGCUCGAUGCGAAAAAUUCGAGAAAGAUGACGGAACCUCAAAAGAUGAGCAUGAAAAGUUGGAGAAUGGCGACAAUUUCAACAAAAGAAAUUCACAAGAACAUACUAAAUCAAAGGAGUGGGCAGAUGUGAUGGCAUCUGAAGAUGAAAGGAAGAAGAGAGAGAUGUUAGAGAAGGAGAUAUCUGAAGAGGCGACCUUGAUUUGGUUCGAAAGAUACCAGGAAAUUGUUACAAAAUAUGACGAUAUAUAUUCCCGCUAUGAAAAGCUAAAGAACUCCCAGAAGGCCUCUGGAGAAAAAACACUCAAGGAAAAUGGAAUGGAGAAGAUGAAGGGUAGACUCUUGGCUCUUGAAGACGAAAAUAAAAGCUUACGACAGAUUGAGAGGGUAAACCGUAUUCAGAUGAACUACAUGCAACAAGAGCUCGAUCAAUUACACCGCCGGACUGUAGAAUCUCACCCAAAGCCAAGAAAGGCACCAGCCAAGACACAAGAAGAACCACAGAACCAACCGCGGAAGGAUCGAACGUCAAAAAUUUCUCGCCAAAAACGACAGCAAGGGGAUAAAUCAAGCCCUCGCUCAAGCCCUCUUCCUAAUUUACAAAUUCCCCAACCUGGCCCAGUUGCCACGUGCCCGGAGUUGCACGACAAAAAGGAAGAUAACGGAGAUCCAAAGUAUGUUGCAGAUGACGGGCUUUUGACAUUCACCACCGAAAUCAACGGCCAAUUGUCCCAAUACACCAUCAGGCUUCCUCAGGGUACAUCUCAGUCGAACACAAAGAAUUCAUCAUCAAAGCAAAGACCCAAGAGCCAUACACCAUUUUCCGAAAUCAUUCGCUAACUUUAGGGAAAAUAAGUUGGCUGACUUUUGAAAAAGUCAGUUAGCUAUUUUGCUGAUUCUGUAUAUAUUAUUAUUAUUAUUAUUAUUAUUAUUAUUAUUAUUAUUUGUAUUGUUUAUUGGAAGGAAGAAGAACUUAAUUAUCUACUGACAAAACUAAAGACGAGCUAAAGCUAGUUCAGAUUCAAGCCGUCAAGUGUGGGGGGUUGGAUAGAGCGGCGAUACCGUUGGGAACAAAUACAAAAUCGUCAAAGAUACGUCUAAACUGAGCGCUCCACAGGCACUCAGAGUGCAACCGAUGAUUGUGUGGAUGUCUGCCAUAGUAUUAUUCUUAUUAUUCUUAUUAUUCUUAUUGUUAUUAUUGUUAUUAUUUUGGGUACAGAUGAGGUUAGAUGAACAAAGUCUAUUGAUUCUGUACAGCCAAAAUAAAUAAAUAAAAGAAAAG